AUGACGCUCAAGAUGGUCGACAUUGGUGCCAAUCUCACAGAUCCGGUCUUUACGGGUCUUUAUCGUGGGAAACAAAAGCACGAGUUCGAUCUGACCACAAUUCUGACUCGAGCCAAAGCUUUCGGCGUCGAGAAGAUUAUUGUGACGGGUGGAAACCUCGAAGAAAGUCGUAAAGCAUUGCAGCUGACAAAAGAUAAUGAAGGUGAUGCUUUGCCAAAGCUUUUCUCGACUGUGGGAGUGCAUCCGACACGUUGUAGCGAGUUUGAGGCAGACCCAAACGCGUAUUUUGCAGCGCUAUUGGCUUUAUGUGAACAAGGCAAACACGAUGGAAAAGUGGUGGCUAUUGGGGAGUGUGGUCUAGACUACGAUAGACUCGAGUUCUGUGACAAACAAACACAGCUCAAGUACUUUGAGAAGCAAUUUCAGCUAGCAGAGCGGACCAAGUUGCCUUUGUUUCUUCACAAUCGGAAUACGGGAGGAGAUUUCUACGAUAUGAUUUCGAAGAAUCGAUCAAGAUUCUCGAAUGGUGUCGUGCAUUCUUUCACGGGUGAAAAGGAUGAGAUGCUCAAAUUGGUGGAACUCGGACUGUACAUUGGAGUGAAUGGCUGCUCCUUGAAGACUGAGGAGAAUUUAGACUGCGUCAAGGAAAUUCCGCUUGAACGGCUAAUGAUUGAGACCGAUGCUCCUUGGUGCGAUAUUCGUGCAACGCAUGCUGGUCAUUGCCACGUGAAAACACUGUGGCAGAGCAAGAAAGCUGAAAAGUACACACCCGAUUGUCUCGUCAAAGGACGUAACGAGCCUUGCACACUCGUUCAGGUGCUGGAAAUAAUCAGCGGCAUUCGUGGUGAACCUCAAGAAGAUAUUGCGAUCAGCGUCCAUGAAAAUACUGAAAAAGUGUUUUUCAAAAAGGGAUAA